ACUGCAUGUCAGGCCCCUGUCCGUUUGGGGAUGUCCAGCUUCAGCCCUCAACAUCGACGCUGCCCACCCUCAACAGAACCUUCGUCUGGGACGUCAAAGCUCACAAGAGCAUUGGUCUAGAGCUGCAAUUCUCCAUCCCUCGCCUGAGGCAGAUUGGGCCCGGGGAGAGCUGUCCAGACGGAGUCACUCACUCCAUCAGCGGCCGCAUUGAUGCCACCACAGUCAAGAUCGGGACCUUCUGCAGCAACGGCACGGUGUCCCGCAUCAAAAUGCAAGAAGGGGUGAAAAUGGCCUUGCACUUGCCCUGGUUCCACAACCGGAACGUCUCUGGCUUCAGCAUUGCAAACCGGUCUUCUAUAAAACGACUGUGCAUCAUAGAAUCUGUGUUUGAGGGUGAAGGUUCGGCAACGCUGAUGUCUGCCAACUACCCAGAUGGCUUCCCCGAGGACGAGCUCAUGACUUGGCAGUUUGUCGUCCCCGCGCACCUGCGGGCGAGCGUCUCCUUCCUUCACUUCAACGUCUCCAACUGCGAGAAGAAGGAGGAGCGGGUUGAGUACUACAUCCCGGGCUCCACCACCAACCCUGAGGUGUUCAGGCUGGAGGACAAGCAGCCCGGGAACAUGGCCGGGAACUUCAACCUCUCUCUGCAGGGCUGUGACCAAGAUGCCCAAAACCCAGGGGUCCUCCGGCUGCAGUUUCAAGUUUUGGUCCAACAUCCACAAAAUGAAAGCAAUAAAAUCUACCUGGUCGACCUGAGUAACGAGCAAACGCUGUCGCUCACCAUUGAGCCACGGCCCGUUAAGCUUAGCCGCAAGUUUGUCCCCGGCUGCUUCGUGUGUCUGGAGUCCCGCACCUGCACCACCAACCUCACCCUGACGUCCGGCUCCAAACACAAGAUCUCCUUCCUCUGUGAUAACCUGACUCGCCUGUGGAUGAAUGGGGAGAAAACCCUAAGCUGCACGGACCCCCGGUACUGCCACAGGAGGUCCCAAUCCCUCCAGGUGCCUGGGGACAUCCUCCACCUGCCUGUUCAGCUGCACGACUUCUCCUGGAAGCUGCUGGUCCCCAAGAACAGGCUGAGCCUUGUGCUGGUACCCGCCCAGAAGCUCCAACAGCACACUCAGGAGAAGGUCUGCAACACAAGCUUUGGAUACCUGGUGGCCAGCGCCGUCCCCGGCCAGGACCUUUACUUUGGCUCCUUCUGCCCCGGAGGCUCCAUCGAGCAGAUCCAGGUGAAGCAGAACAUCUCAGUGACCCUCCGCACCUUUGCCCCCAACGUUCAACGAGAGGCCGCCAGGCAGGGUCUGACCGUGUCCUUCAUACCGUACUUCAAAGAGGAAGGUAUUUUCACAGUGACCCCAGACACAAAAGGCAAGGUCUACCUGAGGAGCCCUAACUGGGACCGGGGACUGCCAUCCCUCACGUCCGUGUCUUGGAACAUCAGUGUGCCCAGCAACCAGGUGGCCUGCCUGACCUUCCUCAAGGAGAGGACCGGCGUUGUCUGCCAGACGGGACGUGCAUUCAUGAUCAUCCAGGAGCAGCGGAGCAAGGCAGAGGAGAUCUUCAGCCUGGAGGACGAGGUGCUCCCCAAGCCAAGCUUCCACCACCACAGCUUCUGGGUCAACAUCUCCAACUGCAGCCCUGUGAGUGGCAAGCAGCUGGACCUGUUCUUCUGGGUGUUGCUUACCCCAAGGACUAUGGACCUGACUGUCGUCGUCAUUGCGGUUGUGGGAGGUGGCGCCUUACUGCUGUUUGCCCUCGGACUCAUCAUUUGCUUUGUGAAAAAGAAGAAAAAGAAGGAAAACAAAGGCCCGCCUGUAGGCAUCUACAAUGGCAACAUCAACACCCAGAUGCCAAUGCAGCCAAAAAAGUUUCAGAAAGGUCGAAAGGACAGUGACUCCCACGUGUACGCUGUCAUCGAUGAUACCAUGGUGUACGGGCAUCUCCUACAGGACUCCAAUGGCUCCUUCCUACAGCCAGAGGUGGACACCUACCGGCCCUUCCAGGGGCCCACAGGGGACUGCCCCCCCUCCCCACCCCUGGUAUACUCCAGGGCCCCAACUGCAAAGCUGACCACAGACGAGCCAUCUGCUGGCUUCCCUGCUGAGUCUGACAGUGAACCAUAUACCUUCUCCCACCCCAACAACGGGAACACAGACAUUCCCUUGCUGGACACCCAUGAGCCAGAGGGGCCUGGGGAGUAA